GAUUUAGGAAGGAACACGCCUAUGACAUCAGUGGGUUUUCAAGAAAAAAAGUCGCUGAAACUGUGCAGCAAAGUAAGAAGGGGGCCAGAGGUGCCUUCUCGAGGUCUAAAUAUAAAUCCUAAAGGACUCAGAUCUGCAUCGAGAACUCGCAAGGGAAAUAGGACUUGUAAACUUUUUGAGAAGACAUGUCAACUUCGGACGACACAGACGGUUUCCGACCUAGAUAUGGGUCUGUUCUGGAUGGCAUGGAGCGGCUCACUGCUGAGGAGAUGGAUGAGCGGCGUCAACAGAACAUGGCUUAUGAAUACCUGUGCCAUUUGGAAGAGGCUAAACGAUGGAUUGAAGCGUGUUUAAAUGAGGAUCUCCCGCCCACCACUGAGCUGGAGGAGGGCCUGAGGAAUGGCGUGUACCUAGCCAAGCUGGGAAACUUCUUUGCUCCCAGUGUGGUCUCUCUCAAAAGGAUCUAUGACCGCGAACAAACACGCUACAAGGCCACCGGGCUCCAUUUCAGACACACAGACAAUAUCAUCCAAUGGCUGAAUGCAAUGACAGAUAAGGGCCUUCCUAAGAUCUUCUAUCCUGAGACAACCGACAUCUACGACAGGAAGAACAUGCCCCGUUGCAUCUAUUGCAUACAUGCUCUCAGCCUCUACCUGUUUAAACUUGGCCUUGCGCCCCAGAUUACAGACCUGUAUGGCAAGGUCGCCUUCACAGAGGAGGAGAUUAACAACAUGAAGAUUGAAUUAGAGAAGUACAACAUUCAAAUGCCAGCAUUCAGCAAAAUUGGUGGGAUUUUGGCCAACGAGCUAUCAGUGGACGAAGCAGCCUUGCACGCUGCUGUGAUCGCCAUCAAUGACGCCAUUGACCACGGAGUCCCUGAAGGCACUCUAGCUGCCAUGAGAAACCCAAACGCCAUGUUACUGCAACUGGAUGAAAGCGCUGCCCAGCAGUACCAGGGCACCCUGUUCCAGGCCAAGACUGAGAAAGUGGCCAACUCCCGAAAGAGAAUUGGAGAGAAUACUGAGGCUGAAAGGGAUGUUUACGAUGAGCUGCUCACACAUGCUGAAAUCCAGGGAAACAUCAACAAAGUCAAUUUGACCAAAGCAUUAAGUUCAGCAGAACAGGCCCUACUGAGUGGUGAUGAGGACAAGCUGUAUGACACUCUCCGUUCCCCUGCGUUAGGACUGCAGUCAGUGCAGGCUCAGAACAAGGGAUGGUACCUCAAACAGCUGCUGGCCGAUCGAGAGCAGAAGGAACAGAUACUACAGAACUGUUCAUAUGUAUGUUAUGUAUGGGAAUGCGGAGAUCCUUCUGCAGUGCUUUGGUUAGAUGAGAUCCAGGAUGCGAUCUUAAGAGCCAACAAGGACUCAGAGGAUGCUCUGCAGUUCUCUCAGGCGAUCCAGGCCAUUAAUGAGACUGUGGAUAACAAGGACUCUUCUCAGACACUGGCAGCCCUGCGUUCACCUGCUGCUGGUCUGUAUGGAGUCACAUCUGAAUGUGCUCAGACCUACCAGGAUGACCUGUUUCGGAUUAAAGAGGACAAGAAAAAGGAAGGGGAUAAUGGCAGUGAAUGGAUGAAACAUUGGGUGAAGGGAGGACACAACUACUACUAUAACCUCAAGACUGGACAAGGCACCUGGGAAGAGCCUGCAGACUUUAUUCCAAACAACACUGAGCUCAACAAGGAGGAAAUACAGUCUGUUGUGUCAGGAGUAACCACAGCAUAUAACCGAGAGCAACUGUGGUUGGCCAAUGAGAGUCUGAUCGCCAAGCUGCAGGCCCGGUGCCGUGGUUUUCUGGUGCGACGUGGAACGAAAGAUCGUCUUGGGUUCUUGAAGUCUCAGGAGCCGUCUGUCACAUGCAUACAGGCCCAUUGGAGAGGCUAUAAGGACAGAAAGAAGUACAGUGACAGGAAGCAGUACCUGAAGGAUCAUGCUGAUGAUGCUGUCAAGAUUCAGUCAAUGGUCAAGAUGCACCAAGCUCGCAAAAAAUACAGAGAUCGCCUGCAGUACUUCAAAGACCAUAUAAAUGAUGUGGUGAAAAUUCAGGCUUUCAUUCGAGCCAACAAAGCAAGAGAUGACUACAAAACACUCAUCAAUGCAGAUGAUCCUCCAAUGGCAGUUGUUCGUAAGUUUGUCCACCUGCUGGAUCACAGUGAUCAGGACUUCCAGGAAGAGCUGGAACUGAUGCGGCUGAGAGAAGAGGUGAUCACCAACAUCCGCUCCAACCAGCAGCUGGAGAACGACCUCAAUCUGAUGGACAUCAAGAUCGGCCUGCUGGUGAAAAACAAGAUCACCCUUCAGGAGGUGGUCUCUCACAGCAAGAAGCUCACUAAGAAGAACAAGGGUGAGCUGUCCAACCUCAUGAUGAUGAACAAGCAGAAAGGAGGCCUGAAGGCACUUAGUAAAGAGAAGAGGGAGAAGCUGGAGGCAUAUCAGUUCCUCUUUUACCUGUUACAGACAAAUCCAACCUAUCUGGCCAAGCUGAUCUUUCAGAUGCCACAGAACAAGUCCACCAAGUUCAUGGAUUCUGUCAUUUUCACAUUGUACAACUACGCUUCUAAUCAGCGUGAAGAGUACCUCUUGCUCAAUCUCUUCAAAACGGCGCUGCAGGAGGAAAUCAAAUCAAAAGUGGACCACAUCCAGGAGAUUGUCACAGGAAACCCAACAGUCAUUAAGAUGGUGGUGAGCUUUAACAGAGGAGCCCGAGGUCAGAACGCACUCCGGCAGAUCCUGGCUCCGGUCGUGAAGGAAAUCAUGGAUGACAAGACGCUCAACAUUAAAACUGACCCAGUCGACAUAUACAAGAGCUGGGUGAACCAGAUGGAGAGUCAAACUGGAGAGGCCAGUAAAUUGCCGUAUGAUGUGACUCCAGAACAGGCAAUGAGUCACGAGGAGGUUCGAACCCGCCUGGAAGCCUCCAUCAAGAACAUGAGGACAGUCACAGACAAAUUCCUCUCAGCUAUAAUUGUUUCUGUGGAUAAAAUUCCAUAUGGCAUGCGGUUCAUUGCCAAGAUACUGAAGGACACGCUUAACGAAAGGUUCCCUGAUGCCACAGAGGAUGAGCUUUUGAAGAUUGUGGGCAACCUGCUGUACUACCGCUACAUGAACCCUGCUAUUGUGGCUCCUGAUGCCUUUGACAUCAUUGAUCUAUCGGCUGGAGGUCAGCUGACCACAGAACAGAGGCGAAACCUGGGAUCAAUCGCCAAAAUGCUGCAGCACGCAGCCUCCAAUAAGAUGUUCCUCGGAGACAACGCCCAUCUGAACCCCAUCAAUGAAUACCUCUCUAACUCCUACCAGAAAUUUAGACGUUUCUUUCUGUCUGCUUGUGACGUCCCAUCUUUGGAAGACAAGUUCAAUGUGGAUCAGUACUCUGACCUGGUCACCUUGACCAAGCCUGUGAUCUACAUUUCCAUUGGGGAGAUCAUCAACACUCACACGCUCUUGCUAGAUCACCAGGAUGCCAUCGCACCAGACCACAAUGAUCCUAUUCAUGAGUUGCUAGAUGACCUGGGAGAAGUGCCCACCAUUGAGUCUUUAAUAGGUGAGAGCCCACUUCCCCCUGAUGAUCCUAAUAAGGAAAUGAUGGGUAAGACAGAAGUCUCUCUCACCCUCACCAACAAAUUUGAUGUUCCUGAUAAGGCCAAUGCUGAAAUGGAUGCCAAGACUCUCCUCCUCAACACCAAGAGGCUCAUAGUAGAUGUGAUCAGGUUUCAGCCAGGAGAGACACUUACUGAGAUUCUGGAGACUGUAGCUUCACCAGAGCAGGAAACCGAGUACCAGCGUGCCAUGCAGCGACGAGCCAUUCGAGAUGCUAAGACCCCGGAGAAGAUGAAGCAAGCAAAACCAGUUGUGGAUGACAGUCUUACUUUGCAAGGCAAGAAGGACAAAAUCAAGAGCAACUUGCAAAGGCUAGGAGAGUUGGGCAAAGUUCACCCUGAGAAGAAAUACCAGGAUCUUAUCAAUGACAUCUCCAAGGACAUCCGGAACCAGAGGCGAUACCGUCAGAGGCGAAAGGCAGAAUUGGUGAAGCUUCAGCAGACCAAUGCUGCCCUGAACUCCAAGACCAAUUUCUACAAUGUGCAGAUUGACUACUACAAUCAAUACAUCAAGACCUGCAUGGACAAUCUAGCCAGAAAGGGCAAAGUUUCUAAGAAACCUGGAGACAAUAAGGCGAAGAAGAGUAAGCAGGUAUCGCAGAAGUACACAGCAGCCCGUCUGCAUGAGAAGGGAGUGCUCAUUGACAUCGAGGACCUGCAGCCAAAUCAGUAUAAGAAUGUCAUUUUCGAGAUCUCACCAUCUGAGGUUGUAGGCGUGUUUGAUGUGAAAGCUAAGCUUAUGGGAGUCCAUUUGGAGACAUUGAUGUUAGAAUACCAGGUAAAAAGUUAUUCUCUUGAUAUUUUUAGGGUGCUUUCACACCUGGCCCGUUGUUUCGGAACC